CACAUUUAUUUACUCUAAUAACACUCGUGAUAAACAGAUUUACCGUAUCUCAUCACUGGGAAAUCUGUGAAAGGUCAAAUCAGGAUUUUUUGCCUUCGAUGUUCCACAAUCGGUGUAGACACAAAGUGCACGUGGAGGCGACAUGCUGACCACGAAAUCUUCUUCGCUAAACACGAUAAACCUAUCCAAAAAAAUCUCACGAAACUAGAACGAUGUACUUCCCUAUUCACUACUAUUAUUUAUCGCUAUUUGUUGCAAAAAAAAUCUGUAAACUGUCGACUACAAUGACCAACAAACACAGAGACUGCGGUAAAGCUCUCUUCGCGCUGUUUACACAGCAGGAUCGAGCGGGAAACUGACAGGAGCUGCGUUUUCGCGGUUUUUUCCUAGUCAGAAAAAUAUGGUUGUCGCAACCAAUACUUUUGUAAAACCUCCUUACACACUCAUUAUUCAUUUUCUUGUCAUUUAUUUACUUUCAUUAUUGUUAAAAAGUAUAUUUUACAUAAUAUACUGCAUGAAUGAUGAAUCGUCUGCUUGUGCGUGCUCAUAUGCGCGCCAAGCUGUAGGAAACUCAUAGGUGGCGCCGCCGAGCGGUUGGGUAACAGAACUAACGGCCUGUUACCCAAGCUUUCGUCCCCCCAUUUUAACCCAGAACCGUUCUUCUAUAGGAAGUCUAUAUUCGUUGAUUAUACCAUAUCACAAUAUCACAUGUGAUAGUAGUGCGGAAAAACAGUGUGAAAUGUAACGUAACAAGAACGUAUAUUUAGCCAAGAAAGAGAUAUUUUGUUUAUUGCUAUUCUAUGCCAAUGGUAUUUAAGGAACGCGAAUUUAUCACUGUUAAUAAAUUAUAAUUUUUGUACGUAAUCUUUAUAAGAUUUAUAACGGGCGCGAUAACCUCCAAACGCGUAUUAUUCAUGAGUAGAGAUCGGCAUUAUUAUUGCAAUAAUACAAAAUGAUGUCUACGAAAUUUGGAUUUUAUCCAAGAAUAAUCAAGCUUGCUACCAAAACUUACAGUCAUAGCAAAUAUGACUUUAAAUUACAAAACAGUAGUCAUCUACCUCUGGCUUGCAUAUAUACUUUGAGAAAAAGUAGUCAAAAAACACAUAUAUUGAGUACCACAAAUGAUGCACAAAGUCAAGUAUCACCAAGUUUGAAAUAUUCAACAAAACCAAUUCAAGUACCUCCACUUAUGCCUGAGCCACCACCUCCAGAAACGGAUGUAUUUGGUUCUCUAGGAGGCUUGAAGUAUGAAAAGGUUGAAUUAGAUGAAGAAGAACUGAAGGAAGAAGAAAGAUUGAAAAAUAUUCAUGGCAAGGUUCCUAGAAAGUUUAAACCAUCUCCAGGACAGUAUGCUAAAAUGAUAAAGACGUAUGUUGAAAAAGGUGAUUUGAAAUCUGCCGAAGAAGUUAUCGAGGAAUGUAAAAGAAAUCGGGAUAAACCAACAGAUUACAUGUUCAGUCUUUUGAUAAGAACAUUUGCAAAUCAAGGGGAUAUUAAAAAGUGCUAUCAAUACUUUAGUGAGAUGAAAGCCAGACAAUACAAAAUAAAACCAAAUGUUUUCACAAGUUUAUUUAAUGCCUGUGCUAAUUCUCCUGAAUCAGAUAAAGCACUGAAUUAUUUGGAGAGGGUGCAGUCCUACAUGAAUUAUAAGACUGUGCCUUUGGGUCAUGCACAUUAUAAUUGUUUGGUAAAGGCCUAUGGGCGUCACAAUAAAUUAGAAAUGUCUUACAAAAUUUUAGAAGAAAUGAUGGAAAAGAAGUUGAAGAUUGGUGUAUCAACUAUAAAUAGUCUUAUGUAUGCCGCUAAUUCAGAUAAAGAAUCAGGUCUGAAACAUGUUUUAAGAAUCUGGCAAAUGAUGAGACAUCAAAGGAUACCACCAGAUAUUUUCAGUUAUAAUCUUUUAUUCAGAGCAAUUCGAGAUUGUAAAUUUGGAAAUUCUACAGUCAACGACUUGCUUUUGGAAAGUAAAGAACAUAAUGCAAUAAUAGUUGAUAAUAACAGACCUGAUUUGUUACUAUAUCCACCAGUUCUCAGUGAUUUGCCUCUUGAAAAUAUUCACAGAAAGGAUGUAUCUAAAAUCCAAGGCUUAAUAAGUGCACCCAAGGAUGAAUCUUCAACUAGUACACAUUCUGAAUCAUCAGAUUCAACUGUUUCAGAUGUCACGGAGGAUUAUAAAGAACCUUUACCUGCUUCAAUUACGAGUUUAGAUUUGGAUGCUAUUUUAAAACAGAAUAAGCUUAUUCUAUUUGGAGGAUUGGAAUCCCUUUUUGAGAAAAUGAAAAAUGAUAGGAUAGAGCCAACUGUCAAAACUUUAACAUAUCUCAUAGAAAUAGUUCCUGACUCUAGUACAGCAGAAGAGAUGGUUAUAAGAUAUGCAAAGAAAAACAAGACUCCUCUUGAUGUCGAUUUCUUUAACAUGUUGAUAAAAAAACGUUGUAUGCGGGGCGCAAAAGCAGCUGCCAAGGCUGUUGUCGAUGAAAUCCACAAGUCAGAUUUAAAACCCAACAUUGUGACAUAUGGCGUUUUAGCUCUUUCAUGCAGUACCUCAAAGGAAAGCAGGGACCUUCUAAGUACUAUGAAAUCUACAGGCCACACAAUAAACAAAUAUGUAGCAGACGCUUUACUAAGCAAUGCUUUUUUUAAACUUGACUUUGCAUUUAUUUUGGAAUUGAUGGAACAUAUGAGAUGGGAAAGAGUGCGUCUGGAUGAAGAAACAUUUGAAAAGUUUGACCAGUUUCAAAAAAAAAUGUCAGAAUUAGUUAAAUCAAAGCACCGUUACGCACAAACAGAAAGAUUUAAACUUGGAUUUUCUAAAUUCAACAUGAGGUACAAAUCUUGGCAGGAGCAGAUGGGACGUGAAAUCGUAGCGGAACGCGAUUACAAAAUGGAAACAAAGCAAAAAUAAAUGCUACUGUUGUACUAUAAAAUUCGCGAGAUACCAUGAAUGUGAAGAAACAUGAAUCAAUUGUUAUAUAUUUAGUCAUUAUGUACCUUAUUAUUAUUAUUAUUAUUAUUAUUAUUACUUGUUUACAUACAUGGUUUUUCUACAAAAACAACAAAUAAAAAAAGAGCAAAGUGAAAAAUAUAUUUGCUAAAUUUCUCAAA